AUGCAAUAUGCGGGUUUAGAGAGAUCAGUAUUUAAACCCUGGGAAAAGGAAUUCGGAGACUCUUCUCUGACACUUAAGAUGAGAGAAGGAUUGAAUGAACACAAACGUGUGAUCAUGGGAGAUAUGAAGACUCCGGACUUUGAUGACCUUCUUGCAGCCUUUGACAUUCCUGACAUGGUAGAUCCGAAAGCAGCUAUUGAGUCUGGACAUGACGAGCACACUAAUCAUAUUAAGCAAAGUGCCCAAGGAGAUGACGAAGCUCACAUCGCAUCCUCUUCUGACGUUGGCGUAAGUGUUAUAGUUAAGAACGUAAGGACCAUUGAAUCUUCAGAAGCUUCCGAGAAGGACUCUCAUCACUCCACAGGUAAUGGCCUGCACAAUGGCUUUAUUACUAUCUCAAAUAUUGAACGUUUCAACAAGGAAGGCCUGAAAUCCCUCAAAGAAAAAGCAAUGGUGUCUGGACAUGUUCAAAAAGACUCAGUUUUCAACCAGUUUAGUCCUAUUUCCAGCGCUGAAGAAUUUGAUGACGAUGAAAAAAUUGAAGUCGACGACCCCCCCGAUCGUAUUGACCUAACCACGGAUUUUAGCUCUAACAUUUUAAGCGCGUCUGUUUCUCAGCACCCUUAUGAGCGAGAUAAGAUGGUGGAACACUUGAUUAAAUCUGUAAAUGCCAUUCCCAGCAACGGUAGAAAAAGCAAAGAAUGCCAAAAAGACUUUGAGACGGCGGCUCUAAAUGCCUAUGACAUGAAAGUGAAAAAGGAUGAAAAACUGAAAGACUGUGUCCAGAGGGUGCUGGAUGGAAAAGUGCAAUCUGAGAAAGGGGAAGUCAAUGGGGAAAGCCUAUCACAGUUGAAGUUAAAGUCUUCUGCAAAACUUUCUUCAUGCAUUGCUGCGAUUGCUGCCCUCAGCGCUAAGAAGACAACCUAUGAUCCAAAGGAUAUGCAGUUCAAUGCUGAAGAAUCGUCUCGGGUGCCAAAAGAAAUGAGCGAUAGUCCAUCGUCAAAUGUCAAGUGUCCUGAUGCUCAGUUGACUGUCCAAAGCCUCAUUGAUGGUGCAAAGAAGACCCCUGUGAAACCAAACGAUAGCCCGAGGAGUGUCUCCAGUGAGAACAGUAGCAAAGAUUCACCAUCCUCUGGUGGGUCAACUCCAGCUAUCCCUAAAGUAAGAAUAAAGACCAUUAAGACAUCAUCUGGUGAAAUCAAGAGGACUGUUACUAGGGUGUUGCCAGACUUUGAACCAGAAGGGACCAAACAGCCUUCUGAUCGGUCACCUUCAAUGGUAGCUUCACCAGUUUUGUCAUCCCCUACGUCUGCUGCCGCUGUGCUUUCUUCUCCAUCAAGAGCGUCCGUGCAAACAAGUCCUGCCACCAACCCUGCUUCUUCUAUAGAUGCUCCUUCAAAACAGGUCACAAUUAAACCCGUGGCCACAGCCUUUCUGCCGGUAUCUGCGGUAAAAACGUCAGGCUCUCAAGUAAUAAACUUGAAAUUUAGUAACAAUACUACAGUAAAAGCAACAGUCAUCUCUGCUGCAUCGGUCCAAAGUGCAAGCAAUGCUAUAAUUAAGGCCGCCAAUGCCAUUCAACAGCAGACGGUGGUGGUUCCAGCUUCGAGUCUUGCCAAUGCCAAAUUUGUGCCAAAGACGGUACAUUUUGCCAACCUCAACCUUUUGCCUCAAGGUUCCCAAUCUACUACAGAACUUCGCCAAGUGUUGACUAAGCCUCAGCAGCAAAUCAAGCAAACACUUGUGCCCACCACAGUGGUGACACCAACCAGAAAGGUUUCCAGAGUCCAAGUGGUGGCUUCCUCGCAAAGUUCUGUGGUGGAAGCCUUUAAUAAAGUAUUGAGCAGUAUUAACCCGGUUCCUGUAUAUGUUCCCAAUCUCAGUCCACCAACCAAUGCGGGAAUUAGCCUGCCGACACGUGGAUAUAAGUGUUUAGAAUGUGGAGAUGCUUUUGCCUUGGAAAAGAGCCUUCUACUACAUUAUGAUCGUCGGAGUGUACGCAUCGAAGUCACCUGCAACCAUUGCAAAAAAACUUUAGUUUUUUAUAAUAAAUGCAGUCUUCUUUCACAUGCACGUGGACAUAAAGAAAAAGGAGUGGUCAUGCAGUGUUCACACCUUAUCCUAAAGCCGGUCCCAGUCGAUCAGAUGAUCUCCUCACCCCAGAAUAGUGUUUCCACUUCAAUGACGCCAGCUCCUCGACAAAGCCCUGCUGCAGUGGUGGCACAUACAGUAGCAAAGGUGGCGGCUGGAGCUUCCAGCCCAGUGAUAUCGGCUCCCAUCAGUGCCCAGGUCAGGCCCGCUAUGCCUUUAGAUGAAGAUUCAUCCAAGUUGGGCCGGCAUAGUCUGAAGUGUUUGGAAUGCAAUGAAGCUUUUCCAGAUGAAACUUCCCUAGCAACGCACUUUCAGCAAAUGGUGGACUCAAGUGGGCAAAAGACGUGUAGCGUCUGUAUGAUGCUGCUACCGAACCAGUGCAGCUUUGCAUGUCAUCAGCGCGUCCAUCAACACAAGUCCCCCUUCACCUGCCCCGAGUGUGGCGCCAUCUGUAGGUCGGCACAUUUCCAGAAUCACAUCACCAAGAACUGCCUGCACUACACCCGCAGGAUCGGCUUCCGGUGCAUUCAUUGCAAUGUGGUGUAUUCCGAAAUCGCUGCUCUGAAGUGUCACAUUCAAGGCUCCCAUUGUGAAGUGUUCUACAAAUGUCCUAUCUGUCCGAUGGCAUUUAAAUCUGCCCCCAGCACCCACACUCACGCGUACACCCAGCACCCAGGGGUGAAGAUUGGAGAACCCAAAAUUAUUUACAAAUGUUCCAUGUGUGACACCGUAUUCACGAUGCAGCCGCUGCUCUAUCGUCACUUUGACCAGCAUCUCGAGCACCAGAAAGUGUCCGUAUUUAAGUGUCCGGACUGCUCCCUCCUGUAUGCACAGAAGCAGCUUAUGAUGGAUCACAUCAAGUCCAUGCAUGGGACAUUGAAGAGCAUAGAGGGUCCCCCAAAACUCGUUUCCAAUUUACCUCUGAGCACCAAGCCUACCACCCAGAACUCCAAAAGCGCCAGCAAGGAAGAAACCAAGCCUGUCAAUGGAACCGAGAAACCUGAAAAAAAAGCCGUCAUCACAGAGAAGAAGACAAACCAGUUGGUCAAGAAGAGUGGAAACCCAGGCUGGACCUGCUGGGAGUGUGAGCAGCUAUUCAACCAGAGAGACGUCUAUAUAUUACACAUGAGGAAGGAGCAUGGGAAGCACAUGAAGAAACACCCGUGUCGGCAGUGUGACAAGUCCUUCAGUUCAUCUCACAGUCUGUGUCGACACAACCGCAUCAAACACAAGGGCAUCCGCAAAGUUUACACCUGCCCGCACUGUCCAGAUUCCAAGCGGGUUUUCACUAAACGCCUAAUGCUAGAAAAACAUAUCCAGCUCAUGCAUGGAAUGCAAGAACCUGAAGGGAAAGUUGGAGGAGAAAUAAAGACUGAGGAGAUGUCGGAAGUCGAAGAAGACCCACAGGAGCCUACCCCAAAACGGAAGUUGGAAGAACCAGUUUUGGAGUUCCGAUCCUCAAGAGGCACCAUUACUCAACCCCUGAAGAAACUCAAGAUCAAUGUCUUCAAGGUCCACAAGUGUGCAGUCUGUGGCUUCACCACUGAAAACCUACUCCAGUUCCAUGAACACAUCCCCCAACACAAGUCUGACGGCUCCUCUUACCAGUGCCAAGAAUGCGGCCUGUGCUACACCUCCCACGUCUCCCUUUCGAGACACCUCUUCAUCGUUCAUAAGCUCAAGGAACCUCAAGCACCCUCCAAGCAGAAUGGUUCAGGAGAGGACAGUCAACAGGAGAACAAACCAAGCAUUGGGAACGAGGCAGCAGAUAACGUGUCGUCAGACAAGACGUGUAAAGUCUGCUCUAAGACCUUUGAAACCGAAGCUGCAUUAAACACCCACAUGAGGACUCACGGGAUGGCUUUUAUCAAGUCUAAAAGAAUGACCUCUACCGAGAAGUGACAGGAUCACCACUCCAGGCUGACCAUGGUGAACUUUCGGUGAUCCAGGCUACAAGUUCUUAGGGUGUCACUUUAAAAAAA